AACAACACCGUGACAUAUAACCUUUCCUGCGAUUUCAUAUAAUUUUGUAAGUAAUUAUUGUGUUGUUUUAUUAAAUUAAAACUUAAAGUUUGUAGAUAAUUUUAAAAAUUAUACUUUGCACAUUUAAAUUUUAAGCAAUUUAACGGUACUUAAAAAAAAACUUUGUUUUUGUAUUUAUUCUCAGUUUCCUCUUUGAAUUAACCUCUCUUUGAAGUCGCACAAUAUCGAAGCAAUGGAGGACCAGCCCAGUAAGCCAGUCGUCCCAUUGAUUCUGCAUGUAGACACCCAUUCUCCGCUACAAUACGAUUUUCUAGCUGACAAUCUUCUGGACAAAGGUUACUUUGUCUCUGAACCGGAAAGUAUCAAACUUUCCCUAGAUUUGGCGAACGAACAGCUGAGUCUGAAUAGCGACUGGACCGAUAUCGCGUUGAAACUUCUUGACGAUGGUGCACAUGUCAGUGAACGGAAUGCAAAUCGAGACACAUUUGUCCAUCUGGGCUUUGUUAAAGGAAUCGAAGAUGACAAGCUUGAUUCCUUGAUUAAGAAAUACCUUACGCAAAGUAAAAUUGAUGCUGUGAAUAAGGAUGGACUCAGUGUACUACAUAUCGCGUGUACGAGGCCGAAUGUUGAAUUUGUCAGAGAACUUUUGUUGAAGAAAGCUAUUGUUAAUCGUCGGGUUCCUCCACGUUCCAAUUCGAAAUUCGCCGGAUACACACCACUUCACAUCGCAGUGGAAUGUGGCAAUUACGAAGUGGCUAAUUUGCUUCUCGAAUACAACGCUGACAUUUACGUACCAAAUCUCAAUAGAUCGACUCCGCUUCACUCAGCUUGCUAUCGUCGAGAUCAGAAGAUGAUCGACAUGAUUCUGGCUCAUGAUCGCAUUACUGCAAACGUUAUUGACAACAAUGGAUUAUCGCAUUUUAUGGUCACGUGUGCAAGCAACGAAGCUGCUUUCGCCAAGGAGCAUUUACGCGUCGUCAAAUGCAAGAGUUGGACGUCGAUGGAAACUCUUAUCAACAGCUGCAUUAACAAAGCCUACGAUCAUCCGUUUGCUGGUUACACUCCUCUACACUUUGCUGCUGAAUUUGGUAGCGGCGCAGUCGUUGAAUUGCUAAUGAGUUGCGGAGCUAAUUGUUGCACGAUGAGCGCACGAUUGCUUACUCCGCUUAUGCUUGCUGAUCACAAUGGACAUGAGUACGUUACUGGACUAUUCAAACGUUACUGUAAGGGGUAUCAAUGGUAUGAGGCGGUAUUGACUAAUAAAAACAAUGAGAUUAUUGACGAAUGUGUUGAAAAGUGAAAUGAAAGUAUGCGAGUGUUUUGUUCAUGCUGAUAUUGCGAAUAUUUAUACCGUAGAAAAAAUUAUUUAUUAUAAAGACUCAGUGGUCAAUGUUCAGUGUCGCGACAAAAAUGAUUAAAAUAUAUCUGAAUGUUUAUUAGAAAGAAAGUCAGAAGAUUCGAGUGAAAAAGACAUUGCAGUUACCGAGUAUGUUAUACUGUCGAUAGUAGCAUGGCUAGUUAUCUCAUAGAUUUUAUCGAAUAAGGUUUUAUGUUGGUGAGCACGUCGAGAAAGUGAUCGUUUGUGUAACUGUUGAAUGUCUGUAUGGAUGAUCGCAGUUUUUCACUUGUUACAAUUCUAAUGAUCAAAAGAUCCGAAAAAUGACGGCGUGCAUUAAAAGUUGCGUUUUUAAUUGCAGGUCUCAUAUUUAGAUUGUAAAUACAGUAUGUUUAUGUAUUUUCCAAAUUUUUAAUUCUAUAAGUACGACCUUUCGUCUUUUUUAGUCAUAGUGGUAAACUAGUUUGUUAUUUUAAUAUAAGUGAAACAAUUUAAAAAUUAGGUCGCGGUAUAAGUGAUGUCACUAAGGUCCCUGUACGUCAUAUGGAAAAUUUGCCUUCAUAAUGUCGUCGCAACUAUGUAUAAUAAUGUGCUCAAAUAUGUAUGAUUCGAUAGUGCAUAGUAUUGUUCAAUUAUAUAUCAAGAAAUUUAAUUUUCUUAACAAACCUUUCUAAUAAGAUUACAUUUAAUCAAACUAAUC